ACAACAUCUCUCACCAACUUGUCCCUUGAACUCCAAAACUUGUGUAUAACUUCAGGAUGUGUGAAAAGAGCAGUAUCAACAAGCAGCGUUGGUGGAAGGAGGCAAUUGUCUAUCAGGUGUACCCUGCUUCGUUCCUCGAUUCGGGAGCGGGCAACAAGCCUGGUUGGGGUGAUAUUCCUGGUAUCACGUCGAAACUUGAUUACCUCAAGCAUCUGGGUGUCGAUGUGCUAUGGCUUUCGCCUAUUUACAAGAGCCCCCAGGCUGAUAUGGGAUAUGAUAUCGCCGACUACAAAGACAUUGACCCCGUAUACGGUAGUCUUGAGGAUGUCGACCACUUGAUCAGCGAGCUCAAGAAGAGAGAUAUGAGAUUGAUGAUGGAUCUUGUUGUCAACCAUACCUCAGACCAGCACGCCUGGUUCUUGGACUCUCGCUCUUCGAAGCAAGCUAGCAAGCGCGACUGGUACAUCUGGAAGCCUGCCAAGUAUGACAAAGAUGGCAACCGCCAACCACCCAACAACUGGUCCAUGAUUCUUGGCGAGGAGAACAGCGCCUGGACUUACGACGAAAAGACUGACGAGUACUAUCUCUCUCUUUUCACCGCUGAACAGCCAGAUCUGAAUUGGGAGAACCCUGACGUUCGUGAAGCAGUUCACGAUGUGCUGCGCUUCUGGCUGGACCGUGGAUGCUCAGGCUUCCGCAUGGAUGUCAUCAACCACAUUUCCAAAGUUCAGACCUUCCCCGACGCAGAUGUCAUUGCCCCUGAUCACAAGUAUCAGCCUGGUUUCAAGUACUACUGCAAUGGACCUCGCUUGCACGAGUGGCUCAAAACUAUGAGAGCAGAGGUUCUCGACAAGUACGACACCAUCACUGUUGGCGAGAUGCCUUUCGUCAGAGAUGAGAGUGAGAUUCUCAAGAUUGUCCGCGAGGAUGAGAAGGAGUUGAACAUGAUCUUCAUCUUCGAGCAGGUCGAUAUUGACAAUGAACCUGGCAAAUACAGAAUGACUCUGCGCGACUGGGACGCCGAUGAGAUUCGCAAGAUCUUCAGUCACUGGCAGCGUCUGAUGAUUGACAAGGACGGAUGGAACAGUUUGUUUGUUGAGAACCACGACAACCCUCGUUCCGUGUCGAGGUACUGCAACGACAGCGAUGAAUUCCGUGAGUUGAGUGCCAAGCUACUCUGUCUCAUGAUGACCACACUUGCUGGUACGCUUUACGUGUAUCAAGGCCAAGAGCUUGGUAUGCGUAAUGUACCACCAGAGUGGUCGGCUGAGGAGUACAAGGACGUCGAAUCCAUCAACUACUGGAAGAAGAUGAACAACAUGUAUCCCAACGACAAGGAGAAGAUCGACUUUGCACACCAUUUGCUGCAAAGAAAGGCUCGUGAUCAUUCACGUACACCUGUGCAGUGGACCGCCGAAGCUCACGCCGGCUUCUGCAAGGAGGACGUAACACCUUGGAUGCGUGUCAACGACGACUACAAGACGGUCAAUGCCGAGGCACAGCGCAACCAGAACGAUCCCGACAAGCUUUCUGUGUUGCAAUUCUGGAAGCGCGGUCUCGCCAACAGGAAGGAACACAAGGACGUUUUCGUCUAUGGCGACUUCCAAGUUCUCGACGAGAAUGACAAGAAGGUGUUUGCGUACAAGAGAGCAAGCGAGACCGAGGCGUUCGUUCUUGCCUUGAACUUCUCCAAGGAUGAAGUCAAGUGGGAGAUUCCUGAGGCUGCCAAGGUGAAGAAGUGGGUUGCUGGAAACUACACUGCAGGCCAGCCAGACAAGCCCACGAGCGGCACCAUCACACUUAAGCCGUAUGAGGGCUUGUUGGCCACUUCAGAGAUCUAGGAUAUUCGUAAAAUGUAGAUAGAUUGCACAGAAACAAUGAUACAGAUGAACAAGUCAAGCAGU